AUGGCGACCGGUACAGUGCAACACUCGCCUGAGGCGCCAGGCACCAUGCUUCCUCACAAAAGCGACUUGCACCACCGAGGAAAGCAGCUCGUCGAGGCCCUCCGCCACUCUCCACGAUCCAACCCGUUCCUCAUCACCGAGCGCCACGACGAAAAGCAACUAUGUAUCUCCUCAAGAACUCUGCGCGUGAGUGAUUUCGUGCUCGUAAAGACUCUCGGUACCGGCACGUUUGCUCGGGUGUGGCUUACAAGGCUGAAGGACCAAAAGGACAAGAACAAAGUCUAUGCGCUGAAAAUUCUUCGAAAGGCCGAUGUGAUCAAACUCAAGCAAGUGGAACAUGUGCGCAAUGAGCGCAAAGCCCUCGCAGCGGUUCUCGAUUACCCUUUCAUUACGAACUUGGUCGCAUCAUUCUCUGAUGAGAAGAGCCUUUACAUGCUGGUAUGGUUGAACUUGGAGCAUGACCUGGAGAAUUUCCGAAUGCUAACGCAGUUCAAGCUGGAUUAUUGCCCUGGGGGCGAGAUCUUCAGCUACUUACGACGCCAACGACGCUUCAGCGAAGAGACUUCUAGAUUCUACGCCGCCGAGAUUACAAUGACCAUUGAAUUCCUACACGACAUACAUGGCAUUGCCUACCGUGACCUCAAACCGGAGAAUAUCUUGUUGGACGCCGAUGGUCAUAUUAAGCUCGUUGAUUUCGGGUUUGCGAAACAAGUCGACAACCGCGAGACAUACACGUUAUGUGGCACACCGGAAUACCUAGCACCAGAGGUUAUUCACAACAGUGGACAUGGUCUUGCAGUGGACUGGUGGGCGUUGGGAAUUCUAAUCUACGAGUUCCUGAUUGGCCAGCCCCCAUUCUGGGACUCAAAUCCUCUACGCAUCUAUGAGCAGAUCGUCGAAGGCCGCCUACGUUUCCCAGCAAAUAUGCCACCCGCAGCGCAGAACAUCAUCACUCUGCUUUGCAAGACAAACCCGUCAGAGCGACUCGGCCACAUCUCCGGCGGCUCAACCCGAGUCAAGUCCCAUCCAUUCUUCCAAGAUGUCAUCUGGGAUGAUCUUUUUUAUCGCCGGGUAAAGGGACCUAUCAUUCCCCGCCUGUCUCAUCCCGCCGAUACCGGCAACUUUGAGGAAUACCCGGAUCCCCCCGACUCCAGGCACGCGAACAUUUACACCGAUGACCUAAAGAAGAAAUAUGAGGCGUUAUUCAGUGAUUUCUGA